AUGAACCUGGACUCGCUGGACCCUCACUCAGGCUUCAGGGAGCUGCUGCGGCGGGGGGCCACUGUGGACCAUAUGACCCCAGACUUCCCCAGUCUGUCGUACCCAAACUACUACAGUCUAAUGACAGGGCGACACUGUGAGUCGCACCACAUGACGGGGAACUACAUGUGGGACGAGCGCUCGGACAAACACUUCCUGAUCGGGAUAAACCCCGACAGCAGACUCCCCCUGUGGUGGGAGGGGGCGGAGCCUCUGUGGGUCACUGCCCAGAGGCAGGGCAAGAGGGUCCACAUGUACUACUGGCCAGGUUGUGAGGUGGAGAUCCUGGGAGUGAGACCACAAAUAUGUGAAGAAUAUUACUACAACCCGUCGGUCCAGAACUUCACAGAGUCUCUGAGAAGAUCCGUGGACGCUCUCAGUUCUGGGGACGCUGACCUGGCAGCUGUGUACUAUGAGAAGAUGGACGUGGAGGGACAUCACUUUGGACCAGAGUCUCCUGAGGUCCGACGGUCUCUGCAGGAGCUGGACCGAGCCCUGGGGACACUCUGUCAGAGACUCACGGACAAAGGUCUGUGGGAGCAGCUGAACGUCAUGAUGUUCUCAGACCAUGGAAUGACCCGUGUGCAGUGGGAGGACAGAGUCAUCGAGCUGGACAGGCUCAUCAACAUGUCCCACAUCCUCAAGAUGAUGGACAGGGGCCCCGUGGUCAGUCUGUGGCCCCUGAAGGACAAGUUCCAGCAGGUGUCUGCUGCUCUGGAGCAUGUCCCUCACAUGCAGACCUACACUAAGGCAGGUUUCCCAGAGCGCUUCCAUUACGGCAGGGGGCGUUUCGUGUCUCCUCUAACGCUCGUGGCCGAGCCGGGCUGGUUCAUCGUUCAGAACAAGAGCGUGCUGCCGUACUGGAGGAACGAGAGCGAGGGCCCAGCGCGCGGCUGGCAGCGCGGCUGGCACGGCUACGACAACCAGCACCGGGACAUGGGCGGCUUCUUCCUGGCAGCGGGACCCGAUUUCAAAGAGAACGUAAGCGCAGCCCCCAUACUCUCCGUGGAUGUGUACAACCUGAUGUGCCGGACGCUCGGAGUAGAGCCGCUGCCCAACAAUGGCUCGUGGUCCCGGGUGGAGGCCCUGCUGAGCUCCGCGGGGCCCCUGAGAACAGCAGGGCCCAUGAGGUGGUGGAUCCUGUGCUCUGUGCUGCUGCUGAUGGACAGGUGCUGA